AUGGAUAAUGAUGGGGAUCUUUAUGUCUCUGAUAUUGAGAAGCAUGAAGUGAGACGUUGGAAAAAAGGACAAAGAGAUGGAACAAUCAUAGCCGGUGGAAAUGGAAAAGGAUGUCAACUCAAUCAAUUGGAUAGUCCUACUCAUAUCUUCGUUGAUCAAGAUUAUGCAAUCUAUAUAUCGGAUGAGAACAAUCAUCGUGUGAUGAAAUGGAUGAAAGGUGCUAAAGAAGGAAUUGUAGUUGCUGGUGGGCAAGGUGAAGGGGACGAUCUGACGCAACUGUCUCGUCCUGCAGGAGUGAUCGUCGAUCAAUUGGGUCGUAUCUAUGUGAGUGAUUGUCGGAAUCAUCGAAUAAUGCGUUGGUCAAAAGAAUCUAAAGAUUGUUCUAUUGUCGUUGGUGGAAAUGGGAAAGGAGAACAACCAAAUGAACUUAAUAGCCCCAAUGGUUUAUCGUUCAAUCGGCAAGGUAACCUCUGUGUUGUUGAUCAAGGCAAUCAUCGAGUACAAACAUUCUAUGUUGAUUCAAACCGAAAUUGA